UGCGGCAAUUUCGAAUUUUUGAAGAGAAAACUUGCCUGCUCAACUUGCGCAAGCCACUGUAUCCGAUUGCUCCUGGGUUUCCAGUAUAUCUGUACAUUAUAUGACGUUAUCUUAGCGCAUAGAACUGUAGAAAUUCGCCACUACCCAAGGAUAAUGGACAGUUUCAAAAGCUCUGACCCGGAAAAUGGGGACCUCCGCACUGUUGGAAAUUACUCUUUUCACUGGACCAAGAAUCACACUCCAAAAGAAAAGACAGAUCCUCUUCGGUUCGAAUACGACGAACUCGGACAUGCUGCUGUUAAGAAGAUUCAAGAGAUCCACCAGCGCGAGCAGGAGACCCGUAAACGACGGGGACAAGAGCCGGCUAAACUAGACAUGUACACAACACUGAAAACCAACCAGCAGCACGACGAAACACUACAAAAGCUUUGGGAGGAGGUGAACACAGUACCUGAAUGGGUUGACUGGCAACAGCUCGAACGCGGACAGCACUUUUUCUACCGCUACGCGCUGGGCAACAUCAUUGGCUUCGCGUUCCAAGGAUUCGUCGGCGAAAACUCUGGUUCCACAAGUGUCGUCGAAGUGCUACUGCGUACCGGAGGCUUCAGCACACGAUCUUUACGAAGAAGACUGCUAGAGACGUUCCAACUCGUGCUCGAAGUGACCCAUUCACUCGACUUCAUCAAACCAGGCGGCAAGGGCCACGAAACGACUGUACGCGUCAGACUCCUGCAUUCAAUGGUACGACAGCGCAUGCUGCGCGUGGCAGAAGUCAAAGGCCCUUCCUACUUUGACACUGCCGUCCAUGGAGUUCCUCUGAACAUACUCGACUCGAUCCACUCCAUCACCACCUUCAGCUGUAACCACGCAUGGUACCAACUAUCUCAUAUGGGUGUGCACCCACCACAGAACGAGGUUGAAGAUUACAUCGCGCUCUGGAGGUAUAUCGCGUACGUCAUUGGCACGCCCCCUGGAUACUUCGCAACAGCAACCAAGGCGAAAGCCAUUAUGGAAUCACUCAGUUACAACGAAUUAUCCAUAACACCAUCGUCGCUCAUAGUCAGGCACAACUUCGUCGAAGCCCUUAAAGAUCUCCCACCUAUGAACAUCUCAAGCGGAUUCAUUGAAGCCGCUAGUCGCUGUCUCAACGGCGACGUGCUCUGCGAUCAGCUCGGCAUGGGAAAGCCGGGCUGGUAUCCCUAUGCGUGUUUCAAGGGCCACUGCUGGCUUGUUGUCGCACUUGCAACGUUACAGCAUUGGGUCCCCUCUUUUGAGAACUGGUCGAUCGAGUUUUAUCGUAAGAAUCUGCAUAGUGCUAUCAUUCACUCCAAGUAUGGUCUUCAGGGUGGUUCACUGCUGGAUUUCAAGUAUGUUCCGGAUGGCGGUAUUACUGGACGCGAAAAGAAUGACCGCCCGAAUGGCGAUAGUAUGUGGUUUUAUGAACGUCCGCUCGAGUUUCUUUAUUUUCUAGUCUUCUGCAUCGGAUGUAUGUCUAUUAUAGGAAGCACUAUCGUUGUAGCAUGGCUUUUGUGGGUUUUUGUUGUUAAGAGCAUGAUUAUUGUGGGCGUCUAA